AAAAAUGUCUAACCAGUGUUACAGAGCAAAGAAAAUAGUUGAAAUGAUUACCCGGAAUCAUAAAAAAGCGGGAAGCAGUGAUAAUGGGAUCGUAAGGCAAUUAUCACCUACUAAAUCGACUGCAUGUCCGCCUAAUACUUUUGUGAAUGAGCUUAUUGCUAUGCCUGCUGUUGCAUCAAACCCGUCCUUGGCUGCCAGUGCUGAGCCUAAUCCACGUGACGAGCAGAUUCCUGAUUCAAUAAUUGAAACUUACGAGCAUAAUGCUGCUGCUACAUUUGAUAUAAACCAGGAUCUCUCGGAACCAUGUCAAGGUAAUGAGUACUUAAGUCUACAACUAACAGCUGAGCUUUACCAAACCGAUGAGGCACCUACUGUUUACCGGGACCAGUCUGAAACUAGUCAAGGUGAUGAGCAUAGCUCAGAUCCAGAAAGAAUCAUAAUCUCUAAAGCUGACUGCGUGGCCGAUGUACUAAUUUCUGAUCUUACUGAGCCUGUUGCUGUGCCUACUCUAGAUGGAAAUCAGGCUUUAUCAAGCCUUGGUAGCUAUUUUUGUUAACUCUUUUGUUAGAAGUAUGGCUUUGCUUAAUAAAUUAUUAACCAAUCUAACUACGCUUAUUAUGUGCUUUAAAGGUGCAGGGGAAGAAAUUGAAGACCAAAUAUUAUUACAGGAAGAAAAUAACAUGAAUGUGCCGAAUAUAGAACCACAAAGUAGUAUCACUGAUAAUACAAGAGAAGUAUCUGUUGAUAAAAAAUGUAAAAAGCGUAUAAGGGAACCUGAAAAAUGGAAAAAAAAUAAGAAGAAAUGUUUGAAAAAUGCAGGCAGAGCUUAUGAAACAGUGUCAGGUAAACUAGUUCCUGGUAAAGCAGUAAAACCUCCCUGUGGCGACAAAUGCCGCCUAAGAUGUACUGAAAAUAUAAAUGAAGACCAAAGAUUAAGCAUUUUUACUAGUUUCUGGAAAAUGGGUGACUUAUCAAGACAACGAGAUUAUGUUUACCGGUGCAUGGAGCCCUUUAAACCAAAAUAUUCACUUCAUAAUGAAAAUAGUAAAAGAUGUCUUAACAUAGCUUACUAUUUCACAGUAGACUCAAAGAAAAUUAGAGUAUGCAAACGAUUCUACUCAGCAACAUUAGAUAUUGGACAC